GCAGCAGUAACAUGGAGGAAAAACAAUCCGCAGUCAACAACAACAAAUUGCUGAACAUACCAGCUUCCCACAAGAACAUUUUUUCCUGCUAUACACCGAUAAUUCUUCGGUUUUUGCUCAGCGGAAAGGUAGAAUAUCGUAACAGCGUAAAAGCCAACAGAUCGGAAAAUCAUCACUGGCGUUGGACUGCGGGAUGGACCAGCACGAAGAUUAUCAUUGCGUGCAUUUUGACCUGCUUCAUGGCUUCGCUGGUCAUGGACCUGCUAGAUCUGUUUGGCGACGGUCCUUCCAACGAGCCAUCAUAUGGGAAAGUGCGAAAUAUCAUUUCCAUGAUCGCUUAUGCCGACACGCAGAUUGUACUGUUUCGCAUUUGCGUUAUCCUGCUGUUCGUGCUCCUGCGAGGAAAACAAAUUAUUGCCUGCUUAAAUUUUGUUAUCGGCAAAACAGCAGUGGGAUUCAGUAUUCCAGGAAAUGUUUUAAAACGGUACAUGAUGUUAGCACAUGCUCUUUUUAUCAUCUCUCUUAUCGGGACUUUGGCAAAUUUAGCGGGAAAGUUGACAAAGCCUUCCGCUUAUGAAAACUUCUGGCGUCUGGAACGUUACGGUUUCAUGAGCGCUCCUUACGGUGUCAUCUUUUUUGUGCUGCACGUGCCAGUGUCCAUCGGUAGCAUUUUAUUUGCCCCUCCUAUGAUAAUCUUAUUCGCAUAUCUGACAUCUAUUUUACAUGCAUGCGCACAAAGCAUUGAACAACAGUUCACAGCGAUUCUGCAGGAAAUCGAAGAGGUCAACGUUGAAUCCAGUGUGCUGACCGUUAAAUUAAAGCGCAUGCGCGAACAGUAUGAAUCUCUGCUGGAAAUGACUCAGGAAGUUCAGAGCAUUUUCACAGUAAAACUUUUGGCAGACAUCGUCACCAAUGUUUUUGAGAUCUUGGUGUUUACAGCAUGGCUGUUGAUAUGGUUUGUCGUGCCGGAAGGAAAUAGUGUAUACGACUGUCCGGGCAAAUUUGGUGUGACACUGGUAGCGUUGGGGAACUUGUGGAUGCUGGGCGGGAAGCCGCUUCAGCAAAGUGCAAUGCCGGGGAAAUUGGCACUUUUAGUGGAAGACUUUAUUUGCAUGCGACACUGUCAAAUUCGAAAGGACGCUCCAGUUUGUGUGCCGAUUGAAAAUGUGGAGAAGGUAAUGCUGGGCGUAGCCAGCGUCAGCUCUGAAGAGCGAGAAGUUUGUUACGAGUUUCUGCAUCGAUUGAAGACCAGCAGCUUGACCUUUCACGCUGGAGAUCUCUUGGAAUUGGACUAUGGCUCGGUUCUGACGGCCACAUUUUUCGUUUUUGGAUUUUUCUGCUUCGUGGUCAACCAGAUCGAAAGCUUCGUUCCCAGCACCCGCAGUUUGGUUAUUGAUGCGGUCAACUGUACUGCGACGUGGCAGUGA